UAGAGAGGGAGCUCACGAAGUGUUGGGGCUGGUGUACUCAUGGAGUUUGCCAGUACUGGAGAACAUGAUGAUCGAGAUCUUCGCAUCACAAAGAACAUGGAGCUCCUGAGCUUUCUUGAAGAUACCGUUUCUCCGCUUCGAAUUAAUCAGAAAAGUGGAUGAUAUGGAAACCGGCUACUUGCGUGAACUCAGACAAAGUUUUAGUAGUGGAAGAACAAGGGAUGCUGCUUGGAGAAAAUCACAACUUCGAGCAAUCCUCAGACUUCUUGAUGAAAAUGAGAAUCAGAUCUUUCAAGCUCUUCAGCGUGAUCUCGGAAAACACCCCAUCGAAGUUUAUCGUGAUGAAAUUGGAGUAGUGAAGAAAUCUGUGACAUAUGCCUUGUCCUGCAUCGAUAAAUGGAUGGCUCCCAAGAAGAAUCAACUACCCUUGCUGUUUUUCCCAUCAAGAGCAGAAGUGCGGCCAGAACCUCUAGGCAUCAUACUUAUUUUUGUUUCUUGGAACUUUCCUAUCACAUUGGCCUUGGACCCAUUGGUUGGAGCCAUAUCUGCAGGGAACACUGUCGUCAUAAAACCUUCGGAGCUCUCCCCGGAAACUUCUGCCUUUCUAGCCAGAACAAUCCCUGCUUAUCUGGACCGCAAAGCCAUUAAAGUAAUUGAAGGUGGAACGGACAUAGCUGAAAAUCUGCUACAGCAGAAAUGGGACAAAAUCUUCUUUACAGGAAGUGCACGAGUGGCUCGGAUUGUCAUGGCUGCAGCAGUGACUCAUUUAACACCAGUUACACUGGAGCUUGGGGGGAAAUGUCCAGCUAUAGUAGACUCCCUCUCUGCCACCUUGGAUUUAAAGGUGGCUGCCAAGAGAUUAGCUGCAGGAAAGUGGGGAGCGUGCUGUGGACAAGCCUGUAUAGCGAUUGAUUAUAUCCUUGUGGAACAAAAAUUUUCAUCAGCCCUGAUAGAAUUAUUGAAGAAGUCUGUUAAAAGAUUUUAUGGUGAGAAUGUGAAGAACUUGAAGAACCUCAGCACAAUAGUCAACAAACACCAUUUCAAUCGAUUACGCAAUCUAAUGGAAGACCCUGCUGUCGCAGCUUCUAUAGUUUAUGGCGGAGAAGUAGAUGAAGAAAAUAUGAUUAUUCAACCUACUAUCUUACUGGAUCCUCCUCUUGAUGCUGAGAUCAUGCAAGAGGAAAUAUUUGGUCCAUUGCUUCCCAUAAUCACUUUGGAUAACAUCAAAGACAGCAUCGAGUUCAUAAACUCGAGGCCAAAGCCUCUUGCUCUGUAUGCAUUUACCAAAGAUGAUGCAUUCAAGAAGCAGAUAGUCGCAGAAACAUCUUCUGGAAGUCUUACUUUCAAUGAUACCGUGAUUCAAUUUGUGUGUGAUGAUCUACCAUUUGGAGGUGUUGGGCUUAGCGGGUUUGGAAGAUAUCAUGGGAAGUACUCAUUCGAUGCAUUUAGCCACGAGAAAGCAGUUCUGCACCGAAGCUUCUACUUAGAACUAGAGGCAAGGCAUCCCCCAUGGAAUGAUUUUAAAUUGAGGUUCUUGAGGUUUGCUUACAUGUUCGAUUACUGGGGACUCAUCUUGCUCUAUAUGGGUUUAAAGAGAUGAUUCACAUGCUACUUCUUGUGCAUGACAAAACAGAAACACACUGUUAUGAGAUCCAGUAACACUCUACACAUAUACUGAGAUAUAUAUAUAUAUAUAUAUAUAUAUAUAUUUGCAUGCUUGUAAAGGGCAAUUUCUCCUCGUUGUUAAAACUUGAAACUCUUUUGUUUGAUUGUAUUGAACUUGAGCAGAAUAAAAUCGGGGCUUGAAAAUGUGUUGCG